UGCUCAAUACACUUUAGGAAUUUAUUCGGAACUCAACUCAAAAUUACUUGGAAAAAUUUUUUCCAAUAUUGCAUAGCAGUAAAAAAAUGGCGCGUGUGCCUUCAGGUCCUGGUCCUAAUGCGUACGUAUUGCCCACAACUGUUGGGUAUGAAAACCAUGAUAACCGUAAGCCGCGCAUGCCUCAGUACUCCUUCGGAGCCCGUACCAAGUCGCGCAAUGGAGAUACAGGACCAGGACCAGGCGCCUACCAGGUAAACCAAUGGACGCGCUAUGGCAAGGGUGGAGGCCUGCAGUAUACGAUGGCUCCUUUGACUAACGCGAGAAAUAGAGGUUUUGGUCCCGGCCCCGGCGCACACGAUGUUCAUUCAAAGCCCAUGUUCAAAGGCAGUGAGGCACCUGCCUACACGAUGAGCGGGCGGAACAACUAUAACUUUAAGAAUUUUGGACCCGGCCCCAGUGCUUAUACGUAUAAUACCGAUCCCAUUAUGCACGCUGCUCCAGCUUACAGCAUGGGCAAACAGACCAACAACGUUGGAAAUUCGAAGUCGCCUGGUCCUGCGGCUUACAAUGCAGGGGAUCUGAAUAACAGGCUGAAUCGUGCACCGGCGUAUUCGAUGAGACCGAAGUGCGAUUUGAAGGUCGAGCCUGUGGGUCCCGGUUCCAAUUAUUAUGACUUAAUGUAUUAUCGCCCUGGAAGGAAUAGAGGCGCCUAUUCUUUCGGUGUGCGCCAUGCGCCGUAUGCUCCACCCAUGGUAGUCAGAUGUGAUAAUAUGUAAAUGCUUGCAAUAUUGGAUCAAAUUAUUUUAAAGUCUAAUUUAAGUAGUAAUAAAUCAAAUUAAGUGUAUGCC